GCCUUGAAGUGGUUCAAUGAUAAAAUUGAACACUGUAAAUAAAUUUCAGCUCAUAUCACUGUAAGCCAAUUUGAGGAUGAAGCCGGUGCGCUGAUAAUUCAAGGAACUUCUUACUCCAAAUUGGACUACUGCCGAUUCGUACGCAUUGACGGUGUUGGUUUCACCACAAACAACAUGCCAUCUGACUAUCACAGCGUGAGUGACCUAGCGGUGGGCAAGUGUAGCUUACGUAUCGAGAGCCCUUCGGUGCUGGACCGCCACCCUUGGACCGUGGUGGCUGCCAGAAACGGCCAGGAGUACAGUGCUGCCACCAACCACGCACUGACUACGGACGAUGGCGGGGAGGAAGCAGCUGCAUCGAGCCGAAGCAACGUGUUCCUGCUGUCCUGGGUGGUGAUAUUCGCCAACCUCGUACUCAUGAGUACACUAGUACUCCAUCUGGCCUGGGGCUACAGGAGGGCGCAGCCUGGUAGAACUGAACAACUGAAUCAUAUACCUCAAGUGGUCAUUAACGAAGCCGAGCCAAGGAAAGUGCCUUUAAAUUAGAGAUAACAAAAGUUCUGAAUUAAUUUAUUUUAUACUACGGCCAAAUUAUGCUACGGCGUAGCCUCGUAGCAAAUAAUUGUAAAACGCCAUCUGUGAAUUAUUCAGGAAACCUUUUCGUGAAUGCUCUGACUAAAAAGUUUUGUUUGGAACAAUUUGAAAGUAGAUGGAGUAUAGAGUUCAAAAUUAAACAGUUUUUAUAAUUUAAUAAUAAUGUAGGCAGGAGGUACAACUUUAUUUUUGAUAAUAAACGGGUAAAUGUCAA